UAAGGUGCAUCAGAGGGAAACGACGGGUGAGGGUUCGAAACGGGCCGGGUCCUCCUCACUCUUUUCAAAAAAAUAAAUAAAUACAAAACGAUAAAUUAAACCUUUGAAUUAAUUUAAUUUAUUAAUAAUAAUAAAAUUGGCACCUUUUUCGCGAGAUCGAAAAAGGAAGAAACAUGAGUCCUUAUGGUGUGUGUAAUCGGAUUUUCUCGCGUGACUUGGUGGUGCGUGUGGUGUGAAAACGUGUAGCAAGCAUUGGGUGUUGGGGCAUCGAUAGUCUGGUCAUUACAUGGCGCUACUACUUCUGUCAACUUAAAAACCACGCGACACUUGCAGAAUCAGUCGAAUGUCGCCAAUGAUGACUGACACACUGGACUAAAACUGCUUUGCCAGGUUGCAAGGCGGCAUGGGUCUGCCACGAUUGUCAUUAAAAAGAUGUUUUCUAUACGUUUUUUGCUUGACGGGAACGUUUUUGGUGAUUAUGAAUGUUCGGCAAAAAGAAAUCUGGCACAGUUCACGUGCAGAUGCCGGACAAAUACAGUCCACCCGAGUGGUGGAUGGCUCCCAGGUGAUAAAUGCAACAGUUGUGACAAGCGUGGUGGAAAGUUUUCUGGACACUACCGACCUUUCAAAAAGACCUUGGUACAUGAAAGGUGGAAAGAGACGACCUCAAGCGGCUAUGAAAUUUCGACAUACCGGAAAACGAUUAGCACGUCUUUGGCCCGAUGAAGAUCCCAAAGAUGAUAGGAUUUCAAAUCAGCUGAUGUUCGUACCUCCGGACUACAACAAAACGAAUUCUGAAAUACCCUUAAAGAGAAUUUUCAUUCUCCAUGGAAUGGGUGAGGCUAAAGUUGGGCAAGAUAUUUUUAUACAACAGGGUUGCCCCGUUAGUUCAUGUACAAUAACUCGUGAUAAUCCUGCUGAGGCUGACUUAAUUUUAUUCAAAGACUACGUGGCUCAAGUGGGACGAAGACGUCUCGAACAGGUAUGGAUGCUCUACUUUUUGGAAUGUCCUUAUCAUACACAGAGUGUCAAGAAUGUUUUAGUGAAUUGGACUGCAACUUAUCGCCGAGACAGUGACAUAGUAGCGCCAUACGAAAGAUGGCAGUAUUUUGAUCCUAGUGUUACUCAAAUCCAACAAACUUUUAAUUAUGCUGCGAACAAGACAAGAAAGGUCGCCUGGUUCGUUUCUAAUUGCCAUCCUCGGAAUCAGAGGAUGCAUUAUGCCAAAGAAUUAUCCAAGUAUAUCCAAGUUGAUAUUUAUGGUGCUUGUGGCAGCUUACGUUGUCCACGAUCUCAAGCUCAAGCUUGUUUCGACAUGCUGGAUGCUGAUUACAAAUUCUACCUCGCAUUUGAAAAUUCAAAUUGCCGGGACUACAUAACAGAGAAAUUCUUUGUUAAUGGACUUGGGCACAACGUUCUUCCAAUAGUUAUGGGGGCACAUCCAACAGACUAUGCUAAAAGCGCACCAUAUCGAUCCUACAUUCAUGUGGAUGAAUUCAAGUCACCCAAAGAGCUCGCCGAGUACCUCCAUCGACUGGACAAUGACGACGAGCUUUACAACUCUUACUUCAAGUGGAAAGGCACUGGGGAAUUUAUAAAUACCUACUUUUGGUGUCGAGUGUGCGCAAUGUUGCACGACAAUCGUCCACCUAAGUAUUAUAAGGAUGUGAACGAAUGGUGGCGUGGUGAUGGUGUGUGUGCUCCCAAUUCAUGGCGUGAAUACGACGUUACAGCAAGCGAACUCAAAAACGUUUAAACCACCUUUAACAGUCAAUGAAAUUUACAAUUACAGAGAAAAAUAAAUUAACAAGAAUCGUAAAUUAACGAAAAGAUCAAAACUACUACAGCAGACCCUUACAAAGCGUCUUGUACAGAAAGUACCUAUAUCGCCAAGUGCCUCCAUUAACGUGACAUUAGAUGCACGCGCGCGAGACGAUAUUAAAAAUUUCGGCCAAUGCAUCUCAGAGAUCUUUUCCGCCAAAUCCAAGGGGCGCGGUUUAACUAAGCGGGUGCUUGGUGAAGAUCUUGGUCCCAAGCUCCGGGCGCUUUGUGAGAGUCUACUGAACGGUAAAAUUAUACUAUGCGGUCAGUAGGGGAAAAUCCUACUCAUUCGCAAGUUUUUAAAUUAUAAUUAAUUAUCUCUUCCUUUGAAUUAUAAAUUUUACCGUUAGCCAUUUUUUUUAUUCCACAAAUUGUUAAUAAUUAUUUUAAAUCUUUUUCAGUGCAGUUUUUUCACUUAGAAAAGGACAUAUUUUCCAGAACUGGGCCAAAAUUUAUGAAAAAUUUUGAAUUUGUGGAAAAAAUCUCUUCCUUCAAGAGAUCUAUCAAAUUAUAAGAUGUAUUUAUUGUAAUAUAACUUACUAACUACGUGACGGUUUAGAAUAAAUCUGCUUAUGUCCCAAGUGACAACAAGCACAUUAUUUAACGUUGCCAGAAGUCUUUGUAAAUCAUUUUGUUUGAAAAUUAUUAGAUAACUUAUCAGUAACUACUUUUUCUGCAAAGUUUUCCUUUGAACUAUUUUUUAAAAACUUUUUCUAUGAGUGGGCGAACGAAAGUCGACUGACCGAAUCCAUUUUAAAUCAAGCAGGUUCUGCGCUUUAUUAUUAGUAUUUAAAUUUUGACACCUAUCGAAUGAAGAAAAUCCGCGGGAUCUAAAAAAUUAUCUUUUACUCUUUUCGAAAGUAUUGUAUCUUCUACAAAAAAAUUAAAAAAUUAAUUUUUAGGGAACAAAAUAUUAUUCUGGUCUCAAAAAUA